GACCAGAUACCGGUCUGUCGCACAGCACAAUGGCGGCCAACGCAGAUGUCAAGGCAUCUCUUGAAAUUACCAAGGGAGCCACUUUGACCACCGAUCCUGUUCCUCUGGAUGUCAGCUCUACCUCAUCCUACGACGACAACAACAAUCUGUUGGGACCCGCUCCCACUGAGGAAGAAUGGGCGACUCUUCUUAGGGUCCCUGGUAGGAUCCCAUGGCAGGCCUGGACUGUAGCUGUUGUUGAGUUUGUCGAGCGGUUCAGUUACUACGGUACCAGCGCUGUCUUCGUGAACUUUAUCCAAAAGCCACUUCCCCCCGGCUCCAAAACCGGUGCCGGCUUCCUCAAAAAACCUGGCUCUGGUGCUCUCGACAUGGGUCAGCGCGCAUCGACUGGUUUAACUACCUUUAACAAUUUUUGGUCAUACCUAACGCCCCUCGCCGGUGCCUGGCUGGCUGACGAGUACUGGGGACGCUACAAAACCAUCCAGUACUCCAACAUUGUUGCAAUCAUCGGCCAUAUCAUCCUGAUUAUGGCUGCUAUCCCUCAGGUCAUCGUUAAGCCGAACGCUGCCAUUGCCAUCUUCUCCGUCGGCCUCGUCAUCAUGGGCAUCGGCACUGGAGGAUUCAAAAGCAAUAUCUCGCCCUUAAUUGCCGAGCAAUACAAGGACCAAAAAGCUUACGUUCGCGUGCGCAAGGACGGCAAAAAGGAGAUUGUAGACCCGCCCACAACGACCGCCAGGAUCUACAUAUACUUCUACUUUUUGAUCAACUGCGGCUCUAUCUGUGGAUCCCUCGCAAUGGUCUACGCUGAACAUUUCUGCGGGUUCUGGUUGAGUUUCACACUUCCUACGAUCUGCUACCUACUAUGUCCAGCGAUCCUCAUCGCAAUGAAAAAGCACUACAAGCUCUCUCCACCAACAGGAUCCGUCAUGGGGAAAGCAUUUAAACUCAUAAGACUUGCUAUCAAACACUCCCCACACAAGAAUACGUUUAAGGAUGAUGGUUUCUGGGAGAGGGUUAAGCCCAGUGCUCUCCGUGCGAACAACAAACCCAUUCCGGACUGGAUGACCUUCGACGACGCAUGGGUAGAUGAAGUAAAAAGGGGCAUUCUAGCAUGCAAAGUGUUUCUUUGGUUUCCCGUUUAUUGGCUAGCAUAUAACCAAAUGACGGGUAAUCUUGUCUCCCAGGCCAAUACCAUGAAUUUGGGCAAGGUACCGAACGACAUCGUUUCGAAGCUGAAUCCCCUAUUCAUUAUUAUCCUAAUUCCGAUUAUGGACUUCAUCAUUUACCCUGGACUCCGAAAGGCAGGCAUAUUCCUUUCGCCAAUCAAGAAAAUUACGCUCGGAUUUGCGCUCAGCUCUUUCGCCAUGGUAUCAGCAUGCGUUACCCAGUAUUACAUUUACAAAAUGUCACCAUGCGGAAACAACAUCAAUGCACUCAGCAAAGAGCGCGACGACUGCAAUGCUGACAUUACCGUCUGGGUCCAAGUCGUUCCAUAUGGGUUGAUCGGAUUCUCCGAGAUUAUGGCAUCCAUCACCAAGCUUGAGUACGCGUACACCAAAGCUCCCAACAAUAUGAAGUCCACAGUCCAGGCUAUCGCUCUAUCAACUUCUGCAGUUUCGUCUGCACUGGGUCAAGCUUUUGUCGGUUUGUCCGAAGAUCCCCUCCUGGUCUGGAACUAUGGCUCCAUCGCUGUUAUUGCACUGGCGGGCGGUAUUGGCUUCUACCUCACAUUCCGCAAGGCAGAUGCCCAGGAAGACGCCAUGAACAACAUAAAGGAGAGCACAUACGUUGGUGGAGGAGAAGGUGGCGAUGUCGAGAGCGUCAGUGUGAGGAACGAAAAGAAUUAGAAAGGUGCUUCCUGGAUGGAAUUCGGAAUCAUCGUAUAGUAAUGAGAUAGCAGU